CUGGAUGAAAUAUAACAUCACGUUCCUUUAGGGCUCUGUUUGAGCAUUAUUUCUGUGUAGAUUCUUAAAAACGAUAACUUAUAGCUACAUAGGAUUGUUUGUGGUAUCUACAGCACGUUAGUGUAGCUACAAAACUUGGAUUUAUCGAUGGCCUUAGCUCCUGCAUAAAUUAUGCAUAAUUAGCCAGCCCGAGAGAAGCAGUGCAUGGCGGUCCUGUGAGGAUUUUUGGUUGUAGGUCUAAGCAAUGGAGAUAGAAGACCUUGAGUCUGAUCUACCUGAGGUCGAAUCAGAUCACAUGUCACCGUUGCCGUCGGAAACAGAUGGUAUUGAACAAGGUGGGGAGGAGUCGUGUGACCCAGUGCACUCCAUGGAAGGGGUGGACGAGAGCAUCGUCGUGGCCGACAUAGGAGAGCACUCCAAUGAUGUGACUGAAAACGAGACGGAAAGUGUAGCCACUGUGUCUAUGAUGGAUCCCACAGCAAGUGAACUGGCCAAUGCCAUACCGGUGUCCUCACAACAAGUAAUAGGCUUGCUGCUUCAAGCCAACGAGCAAGCAGAAAACAUGGUACAUGACCCCAACAAUGCUCAGCAUAUCAGUGUGUCGGUUUCACUACCAGAGGGCACUGUUGUCUCAACGGAGGCGGGCCAGACUGUCCAAGCCGUCACUCUAGCUGAUGGGACCACAGCAUUCAUACAGCAUCCGAGGGAUGCCAAGUUUCUGGAGGGGCAGACGGUCACCUUGGAGGAUGGAAGCACGGCCGUCGUGCAGAGCAUUGCCGAGAAAGUGGGCGGUGUGGACCCCUCGUCGGGAGAGAAGAUGGUGGACAGUCAGCCAAUACAACUGGAGGAUGGCACCACAGCAUAUCUGCAACCCACGUCUAAAGCUGCAAUGGCCGAGGGUCUCCAAGCUAUCACGCUUGAGGAUGGUACUACGGCCUAUAUCGCCCACCCUAAUCCUGAAGCACUGUUUGGUGAGGCAGCAACUCUAGACGGCAGCGCACUCAGUCUGGAGCACCUGUCCCAGGUUUCUGCCGAGCAGGCACACGCUCACAUCCAUCAAGAGGAGGAUGACAAACCUGCAACGAAUCCUACCACCAUAACAGUGCUUGGCCAGGGCUGUAACCGGAUUGCCACCGAGAAGGCGUUGGCUAUAGGGGAGAAGGCCUAUGGGUGUGCCUACGAGGGGUGUGGCCGCCUCUACACAACGCUACAUCAUCUCAAGGUUCAUGAGCGAUCUCAUACUGGGGACCGGCCAUUCAAGUGUGAGUUCCUGACAUGUGGGAAGGCGUUCGCUACAGGGUAUGGCCUCAAGAGUCACACGCGUGUACACACAGGGGAGAAACCCUACAAAUGUCCAGAAGACAACUGUGAUAAAGCAUUCAAGACGUCUGGCGAUCUCCAGAAACAUGUCCGCACUCACACAGGAGAGAGGCCGUUCAAAUGUCCUUUUGAGGGAUGUGAUAGAUCUUUUACAACGUCCAACAUUCGUAAAGUUCACAUCCGAACCCACACCGGGGAGCGGCCGUACGUGUGCCAGGUGGAAGGGUGUGGACGAGCCUUCGCCAGCGCAACCAACUACAAGAACCAUGUCCGAAUACACACAGGUGAAAAGCCGUAUGUGUGUACAGUCCAGGGCUGCAACAAGCGGUUCACUGAGUACUCCAGCCUUUACAAGCACCAUGUGGUGCACACACACUCCAAGCCAUACAUCUGCAACCACUGCGGCAAGACGUAUCGGCAGACAUCAACACUGGCCAUGCACAAGAGGACAGCUCACGGUGAGGACACCACGGCUGAGAGUGAGGCUCAGUUAUUUGCCCAGCAGCAGCAGCACCAGCAACUGACGCAGGGUGAGGAAGGCGAGGAGCCCGCCAAUAAGAGAUCUCGAUUACAAGUCACACUGGCGGGGGGAGGAGCAUCUCAGGAGGAAGGGGAGGGUACUCUGGUUAUCAACACAUCAGAACCUCAACAGGUUGCCAUGGUAUCUGCCGAAGGCGUGGUUGAGGAUGCUGGAGGGAUGGGGAUGGUAACGCUGCAUGCACCGAGCCAAGUUGCGCUUCAGCAGUUACAACAAGCCCAGGGCAUUGCCAGCAUCACCGUCGGCGACCAGGGUCAACAGGUGCUUGUCGUCACGGACCCCAGUCAGCUUGAAGCCAUACAUGCAAGUUUGCAGCAACUUGCGGCUGGCCAGGCUCAGUUCACGACGGCAGAGACAAUAGAGACUGCAGCAACAUCAGCAGCAGUGGCCGCCACACCCCAGGCAACAUCGACGUCGGUGGAGCCGGCUAUGAUCAUGUUUCAAGCUGAAUAACAUCAGCUGGAGAAUGACUUAGAGAUUCUGUUUAUUUAUUUUUAUAUUUGAAUAUUUCAGUUAAGCAACUUUAUCACAAUCAUUGUAAGACAAAUAUGAAUUUGAAGGAAUAUGAUUCUCAGCAAAUAGGUAAACAAAAGGACAUUUAUUUCUCUCUUGCCCUUGUUAACCGACUAAACACUAUGGCAUUGUUGCUUAAGUACAAAAAUGUCUGAACUGAAUUUUUUAUUUUUUGUUUCACAAGCACUGUGUUGAUGAUUUAGUUUUCACAAACCUGUAAAGAGUUGGGCUCAGUUGGUGGGUUAUUUAUGAUAAACCAGAACAAUUUCAUUUGUCCAUGGCCUUGACCGUGACACAGGUCAGUCUUUCCACUUUCACCGAAUUAAUCUGAAAUCACUGAAAACAUCUCCGGAUUCUUAUUUCAUUUAACUGAUCAUCCUUGAUAAUCCAGUGUAUUAUAUAAAUCUCAAUUUUAUUUUGAUGAAUACACAGGAUCCAAUUACCACAAUACCCUCGUUUUGAGUCUGACUCAAUCCAAUUACACUGACAAGCAAUGUGAGUAGUUUCUGAUCGGACUGAUGGAGACAAUAACAUCACUUCCUAGAUGAUGCUAUGGUAGGGAAUGGGUCUGGGGGAUAUAUGGUAAUACAAUGGAGAUAACAUACACUGUAUUGUCAAGGAUGUUAACUUGUAUCCAAGCUGAGAUUUGGACAUGUGGCACUACUGAAAUAAAUGGUCUGUGAAUGUUUUGGGAUUAAUGAGGAUAUAUACAGACUUAAAAUGGAUUUUAUGUCCUCUUCACUUGGUAUGUUUUGGUCAUGUUUUGUAAGAUAGCCAUUGGUCAGUAUUACAUUAGAGAUAGUCUAACAGUAGUGUAGGAUCAGUGUAUAGUUCCGGUGUAAUAAUCUGAUAAUAGUCAGGAUUAUGCAGAACAUUUCAGGUUUCAUGUCUUUCAGAAAAUAAUAAAUUUGUGUUAUUUCUUUUUCUUGACUCCCCCCCCACCACACACACAAUUCAGUAAUUCCAGAACACUGCAAAAAGCUUUGUAUCAAUAGCUUUAUGGAUGUGUAUCGUGGAAUAAUAAUAAAUUGUACAGCUGGUUAAACAUAAAACAACACCGUACAACCAUCUUGUUACUACUAUAACCAGCUCGGUAAGCAAACACAUUAAGAUAGAUCAUUUACUCCUAUGCUCCAUACAUGAUUUUCUUUGUAAAUAUUCCAGGUAGGAUGCAAAGUAAAAGAAUUAAGAAUCUAAAGUUGAUAUUAGGCUAACUUGUUUUAAAAAAUCCUCUUCUAAUUGAAGUUUGAGCCCAAAUACAUUGAAGAAAAUAAUUAAGUCUGGCAUAAUUAAAAAUUCCAGGGGUUGAGGUCCGUGAGAACUAUUUGCCACAUGAGGUGUGUGUCAGCUCAAUGUACAGCAACAACAGCCACCUUGCUCAGAUGUAUCACUGGUGUAACUUGAUCUCAGACUGAAUGUCACAUGGGACUUCUAACACUUCCAGUGCACCUCUGUAUCAUUUCCACGUCAUGAGAGUUGACAAUGAGAAGUUCCAUGUUUAAAUGUCUACUGCAAAGUGCAAUAUACCUUCAAUACACACACAGAUAGAUCUAGGCUGCACAAUUGCAUGAUUCGUGCAUUCUUUCUGCACAUUCCCACGACAUAAUAACUUUACCAGGGGUUAUUAGCUCACAAGUACAAGCUGGUAAGCAUUUUCUGUUAUUUGUAGUGGUCACUGAAGCAAUCUAUGACUGACUUACUGAGGUAGUUCUUCACAGACCUCUCUCAUCUAAUGAGGAUAUUAUGCUUGUCUGAAAAGGCGACUAUGCAUGUCGUAAUAGGCGACUAACAGGAUCGGGUGGUCAGGCCUGCUGAC